UAUAGUUUAUUGUCUUGAUCUAAUUCUUCGAGUGAAAUAUUUGGAGAAACUACAAAUGGGAUAAAUCACAAUCACGAAGUUCCAUUAAAGUCAAUUUAAUUCAGUUAAAGUGACUAUUAGUUUCUGCCGAAAUAAAGCGAUCCACUGGGCCCACUGAUAAAAAAGUUUAUUUGUAAACAGUGUUAUCAGUGGCUCUUGGCAUAUAAAAAUAGCAUUUACAUAGAGAUAACACAUCAUUUGCCUUUCAACAUUGAGCACAAUCGGAGGAAAAGAUUUGUGGUGAAGUUAUGGAAGUGACCGUGAAGAUCAAUGGAGUGGAUUACAGUGUGGAUACCAAGUAUUUUCCGGCCGGAACUUCACUCAGUACUUUCAUCCGGGAUCAUGCACAUCUGUCCGGGACUAAGACAAUGUGUCACGAGGGAGGAUGUGGAGCUUGUAUUGUUACAAUCAAGAGUGUUCAUCCAGUGACGAAAAAACCCUUGGUUUUUGCAGUUAAUUCUUGCUUAUUUCCACUGUAUUCUUGCUUUGGAUUGGAAGUAAUCACUAUUGAAGGACUUGGGAAUAAAAAGUCCGGAUACCAUGCGAUACAGAAGCGUCUGGCUGAAAUGAAUGGAACACAGUGUGGAUACUGUUCCCCAGGAAUGGUGAUGACCAUGUUUGGUUUAAUGGAAAGCCAUGAUGGUAAAGUAACAAUGAAACAAGUAGAAAAUUCUUUGGGAGGAAAUAUUUGCAGAUGCACUGGGUAUCGAUCUAUUCUGUCAGCAUUCAAGUCUCUAGCUGUUGAUGCUGAUCCUCGAUUAAAAGAAUCAUGCUAUGACAUUGAAGACUUACCCAAGAUGUGCCCUGAAACUGGGAGAACCUGUGCUGGAAAUUGUCUGACAUCCUUCAAAAGUCUUCAUUUAGACCUUCCUCAAGCUCAAAGUUGGCAUAAAGUUCUUACCAUUGAAGAGAUUUUCCCUAUUCUGAGCAGUUCCAAUAAUGAAAAUACAAUGCUGAUUGGAGGGAAUACUGCCCAUGGUGUUUUCAGAAGAAGCCCAGAGAUUAACACUUUCGUGGACAUAAAAGACGUUGUAGCUCUAAGACAGUAUUCUGUGGGAAAUAACUUGGAAAUUGGAGCGGCUGUUACACUCAGCGAACUUACAGAGAUCUUUCAGGAAGCUUCAAAAACCGAUCCUAAUUUUACCUACUGUCUAGAAUUUGCAAAUCAUCUGGAUUUAGUAGGAAAUAUCUCCAUUAGAAACGUUGGGACAAUUGGAGGUAAUCUUAUGCUAAAACAUAAGCACCGAGAAUUCCCUUCAGAUAUAUUUCUAAUGUUAGAAAUUGUUGGGGCUCAAAUUGAAAUUGCCGAAUCAGAAACCAUUCGUAAAAAAGUGACCCCUAUGGAAUUUCUUGAACUCCCAAUGGAAAGAAAAGUCUUGACGAUGAUUUUACUACCAAAGCUUGAACAACAAUUCAACAAUGUAAAAAUGUUUAAAGUUAUGCAGAGAGCUCAGAGUAGCCCUGCUUAUAUAAAUGCUGGAUUCCUCUUUAAAUUCAGCAAUGAUAGAGUUAUUCAGAAUGCAUCAAUAUGCUUUGGAGGGAUUAGUAGAAACUUUACUCACUGUAAAAAAUUAGAACAGUUUUUAAAGGGCAAAUCUGUUUCAAAUGAUACCCUACAAUCAGCCCUUGAAGUUCUUAAUGAGGAACUUGAUGUAUCUCCAAGCCUUUCAAACGCAAGUCCAUCGUAUAGAAAGAAUUUAGCUUUGGGCAUAUUUUACAGGUUCAUUCUCAGUAUUUAUCCCAAAGAAAAUGUGACUGAGAAUGUAUGGAGUGGUUCUGAACCAUUUGAGAGACCAUUAUCCCAAGCAAAACAAGUCUUUGACACAUUUUCACAAAAUUAUCCUAUGACCAAGGCCAUGCCAAAGUGGGAGGGUAUCCAACAAACAGCAGGAGAAGCGAAAUAUUCAAAUGAUAUUCCCAAACAACCUGGACAACUUUGGGCUGCAUUUGUUCAAGCUAAGAAAGUGAAUAGUCUGAUAAAAGAUAUCAAUCCGACCGCCGCUCUAAAUCUUAAGGGAGUUCAUUCGUUCUUCUCAGCAAAAGAUAUUCCAGGCAUUAACAGUUUCACUUCAAAUAAAUUGGAGUUAAAUGAGCCAGAGGAGAUUUUCUGUAGUGAAAAAGUUCUUUAUUACGGACAACCAAUUGGAGUCAUCUUAGCCGAGUCUUUCUCUUUAGCUCAAGUAGCGGCAGGGCUCGUUGAGGUCAAUUAUGAUGAGUCAAAUGAAAAAAUCCUUCCUACGAUUUGGGAUGUUGCUAAGGAGAAUGAAACUGACAGAAUUCAAGAUGAUCCUGGAGUUAAAAUUGCAGAAUCCUUCGGAGAUGAUACUGCAUAUACGCUAUCUGGUCAUUGGGAGUGUGGAAGUCAAUAUCAUUUUACUUUAGAACCACAGACCUGCGUAUGCCUUCCAAGUGAAACAGGAUUGGAAGUGUACUCAGCUACUCAAUGGAUGGAUCUGACUCAGAUCGCCAUUGCAUCAGCCCUUAAGGUGCCUGAAAGUUCUGUUCAUGUGGUGGUAAAGCGUUUGGGAGGAGGUUUUGGCUCAAAAAUUUCCAGAUCUGCUCAUGUAGCUUGCGCCGCUGCCUUGGCCUGUCAUCUAACUAAUCGUCCAAUUCGAUUUGUAUUGCCCCUUGAAACAAACAUGGAAAUCGCAGGGAAAAGAUACCCCUGCAUUGGAGACUACGAAGUGGCAGUGAAUAAAAAUGGACAAAUCCAGAAACUUAAGAAUGAUUUCCUUCAAGAUUUUGGAUGUUCAAUGAAUGACUCAGUGGUUUGGUUAACAAGCCUGAUAUUCAAAAACUGCUACAAUGAUAAAUUCUGGAGUGUUGCUGGAAAAUCAGUAAUCACCAAUUCUCCAGGUAAUACAUAUUGCCGUGCUCCUGGAAUACUUGAGGGUAUUGCCAUGAUUGAAAAUAUUAUGGAGCAUAUCGCUAUGGUUACUGGACAAGAUCCUGUUGAUGUUAGGCUUGCAAAUAUGUCCGAAGAGACAGAAUUAAGAACUAUGUUACCUCAGUUCAUUGAGUCGACGAUGUAUAGAACAAGGAAACAGGAGAUUCAGAAGUUUAAUGAGAAAAAUCGAUGGAAGAAAAGGGGUAUUGCUGUAGUUCCCAUUGAAUAUCCUCUGACGUACAUGGGGUGUCUUCCAACGAUGGUAUCGGUUUAUCAUGCAGAUGGAACUGUUGGUAUUUGUCAUGGUGGAAUAGAGAUGGGCCAAGGAUUGAAUACGAAAGCUGCUCAGGUGGCAGCUAAAGUCUUAGGCAUACCAAUCAAGUACAUACGAUUUCAUUCUCCAAAUAGCAUGGUCGCUGCUAACUGUGCAGUUACUGCGGCAGGAUCUACAAGUGAAGCCAUUUGCUACUCGAUUAUGAAGGCCUGUGAAAUGAUUCUUGAUAGGAUAAAGCCGGUUAAGGAAGAAAUGAAGGGCAGUAAAUGGGAAGAUAUCACUCAGGAGUGUUUCACGAGAAGUAUUGACCUAACGGCAUUAUAUGUCUUCAAUCCCGAAGAAUUGAAAACUUACAACACCCUUGCGGUAUCUUGUGCAGAAGUUGAAGUAGAUAUUCUAACUGGAAAUGUUCAGCUUCUCCGUGUAGAUAUAGUUGAAGACGUAGGCGAGAGCAUUAAUCCUCUGAUUGACGUUGGUCAAGUUGAAGGAGGUUUUGUUAUGGGAAUUGGAUACUGGUUUCAUGAAGAAAUCUGUUAUCAUAACGACGGAAAGCUAUUAACCAAUAGAACAUGGAAUUACAUACUUCCAGGAGCUAAGGACAUCCCUGUGGAUUUCAGGGUGUCUUUUCUCCAGAAACCAAAUGCAGCCUUGAUUCUAAAGUCCAAAUCUGUUAGUGAUCCGGCUAUAGCGAUUUCAUGUGUUUUGAUUUUUGCUGUGAGACAAGCUUUAUAUUCAGCUAGAAAGGAUGCUGGUCUUCCUGAUGAAUGGUUUGAGCUUGGCGCCCCUUCAACUCCCGAACAAAUCUUUAAGAAAUCAGGCACAAACUACAAAAUGUUUCACCUAUAAUUUUAUCAGAGUACAAAGGUAUACUCUGGUUGUGAAUUUAUUAAAUUAGUUCUUAUAUGCGCAAGUUAAGACAUUUAUUGAAUCAGAUUUCUUUUGUGCUUCUAUAUUCGUUAUAGUGAAAUAAAUUUCUCAAUUUAGA